GCACUCCUCAUGAUGUUUGGGGCGUGACUAAUUAAACCUACUUUUGUUUUUUUAUUACCAGUGUCUCAGCUCCACUAACAACUACUUACUGAACAUUUAUUAAACCCAAUAUUAAAUAAGUAAAAUAUUUAAAAGAUGGCAGUGGCCCUGCCUCCAAAACUUAAGCAGACGGUGUUUGCUAUGCCAUCACAUCUUAGUAUGGUAUGCAAGGGCAUGAUGUUUGGCUUCCCUGCCAUCCUCACUCCAGCACUUCUGAAUGCCACGGGUGAUGAACUGAAAGCUGAUAAACAUAUUACUUCUUGGCUUGCAUCAUUACCAGGUGUGACAGCCUUGGUUAUGGUGGUAACAGUUGGUCCCCUGAUGCAUUACUGCGGGCGGAGGACCACACAGCUCAUCACCACGACUCUAGUCCUUACCGGUUGGUUAAUUACGGCGUUUGCCUACUCCAUUCCUGUCCUAUUCAUUGGGAGAGCUCUUCAAGGUGUCUGCAAUGGAUGCACUUUCUUCAAUUCUAUUUCAAUCGGAGAGUUCUGCAGUCCAUCAAUAAGAGGCGUCUUGUUAAACCUUAAAUUAGUAUCAGGGUCUGUGGGUGUCCUGAUUAUCCACGGCUUCGGGUGCAUUCUACAUUGGAGAAGCGUGGCGUGGGUAGGCACCGUGCCUUGUUUAAUAAGUAUAGCAAUAACGCUAUGCUCACCGGAAACUCCUGACUGGCUGGUGUCGAAGGGAAGGUUUGAAGAAGCUGAAAAAGCAUUCUUUUCUCUAAGAGGAAAGUCCAAUGAAUCCAAAAGAGAAUUAAGUAAACUUGUAGAGUCACAGAAACAAAAGAGGAGAGAGGAUAUUGGAUUACAAAGACACAGUUUUAAGGUGAUUCUAAAACAGCUGAAAUGUAAGGUUCUGUGGCGGCCCGUACUUUUAAUUUCCUGUGCAGUGAUCAUUCCUGAAGCAGGAGGAAGACAUUUCUUUUCAUCGUACUCCAUCCAGCUAGCGGAGCAAAUCACAGGAGACAAGACUAAUGGAUUUUUGUACACUAUAAUCAUCGAUGUUGUUUCUAUUCUGGCCGGCUUCGUUUGCAUAUUCAUGGUUAAAUCAUUUUCAAGGCGAGGCGUGACGUUUUACUGUGGAUUCACAGCGAAUGUACUUUUGCUGAUUUUUUGCUUCUUAACUUAUCUACAAAAAACAUAUUUUACUUAUGUUUUUUUGAAGUGGCUAUCUGUGUCAAUUUUGGUUUUGUAUUAUUUUAUAGUAAAUGGGUCACUAUUUGGGAUUUGUUAUGUAUUGAUGGGUGAAUUAUUGCCUUUGGAAUUUCGGGCUAUAGGAGUUGUUAUAGAUGGUUUUUUGUCUGCUGUAACGGUGACAGUGGUGAUUAAAGUAACGCCAUAUCUGAAAGACAGUUUAGGUAUUGACGGUAUGUUAUUUGUUUUUUCACUCUGUCUGACUUUGGCUUUGAUUUACAUGUACUACGACUUGCCUGAAACUAAAAAUAGGACACUUCAUGACAUAGGAGAGUAUUUUAGAGGUAAUAGCUCUAAAUUAAUAAGAGAGGAAAUAGUGGAAACAGAUGAAAUAGACAAAUUUGUUAUCAGUAAGUAGGUAACAAAUAAUAACAAUAACCAACUAAUGAGAGUUCCAAUACAGGCUUAUUAUAGAAGAAAACUAUUAAAAUACUAACAACUAUUCCUACUUAUAGAGAGUACAGUAAUAAUAAUAAAAAACAUUGUACAAAGGCGAACUUAAUGCUAGUAGCAUUCUCUACCAGUUAACCUUUGGUGAUGUCGAGAAAGUGGUUGUAGAGUAUUCUUUAGUUUCUAAGAAAAAAUAUAGGUAUAAGUAUAUACUAAAUUUUCUGACUAUCGCUAUUUAAUUUACUUACCUAUUACCUUAUGCUAUUAUGUAUAGGUAGUCAGUCAGUAUACAUCGGCAAUAUUGCUCCAAAGUAUCCAACCCGUCUGCAAAGGGUGGAGACCUCCAGUCUUGGUAGAGGUCCUACAGUUUAUAUUAUUUAAGUUACUACAUUGGUUUUGCUUAAUUUUACCUAAUCUUAUUCAAUAAAUACCUACCUACAUUAUAAACAUACCUUAAAAUCAAUAACUUAGAAGACAAAUUUUACUUAAGUAUAAAUAAGUUUUGGACCU